GUACGAAACUGUAGCGCACGCAGGAGCUCUAGAGCUGAUCCGGCGAGGUGGCGACCGUCGCGUGGUACCUGUACUGCCUAAGCUCAUUCAGCCAUUGAAGCGGGCGUUGAAUAGCAGAGAUCCGCACACUCUGCGCAAGGCACUAGAACUGAUUCAAGUUAUGGUAAGAAGUGGCGAGAUGAUCGGCGAGGCUCUGGUACCGUAUUACCGACAGUUGUUACCGGUGAUGAACAUGUUUAGAAAUCAGAGAAGCAGGAGAGGCGAUAUGGACUGCAGGCUGAAGAGGAAUAUUGGUGCUAUUGUAGAGGACACUUUGGGAGUUCUGGAAAAACGUGGUGGAGAAAAUCUCCGUGAUGAAGCAGCGGCCGUUGUUAUUGUGUUCUAUUAG